ACGACGGUCUAAGACGAAACUUGACUCGAUGUACAUCAACUAUGUUCAACUACACAGUGCAAAGAUGACUGAAGGAACGUGUGUGCGUAGAAGAGGGGGGCCCUAUAAGACUGCAGCAGUGACAGAGCUGACCCGCUGGAGGCUCAGUAAUGUGGAGGGACGGCAGACAUGGAGAUACCUGGAGGAUGGAGACACUGAGGAGAGGGAGCAGAACUUCUUAGAGGCUCACUCUGUGGGACUUGACACAAGUAAGUUUGUUCCAGCCUGCCCGGUGGCUCAGACAGUGAUUGAAGCUGCUCAGAAAGGCAUGGAGUUUUACAGCCGUCUCCAGGCCGAGGAUGGCCACUGGGCUGGAGAUUAUGGAGGACCACUUUUCUUGCUUCCAGGUCUCCUCAUAACUUGUCAUGUUGCUAAGAUCUCUUUACCAGAAGCCUGGAAGAAGGAGAUGGUGAGGUAUCUACGCUCAGUACAGCUGCCAGAUGGUGGCUGGGGUCUCCAUAUAGAAGACAAGUCAACGGUAUUUGGUACAGCUCUCAGUUACACCACAAUGAGAAUCCUGGGAGUUGGACCCGAUGACCCAGAUAUGGUGCGGGCAAGAAACAACUUAUAUAGCAAAGGAGGUGCUGUAGGUAUACCGUCCUGGGGAAAGUUCUGGUUGGCCAUUCUCAAUGUGUACAGUUGGGAAGGGAUGAACACACUCUUCCCAGAGAUGUGGCUGUUUCCAACUUGGAUGCCUGCGCACCCAUCAACUCUUUGGUGCCACUGCAGGCAGGUCUACCUUCCCAUGAGCUACUGUUAUGCUGUCAGGUUGUCUGCACAGGAGGACGCGCUGGUGCGCAGCCUGAGACAGGAGCUGUACAUCCAAAACUAUUCAACUAUUAACUGGCAAGAUCAAAGAAACAAUGUUGCCGCGUCAGACUUGUACACCCCUCACAGCAGUCUGCUCACCGCCGCCUACUCUAUCCUGAACCUGUAUGAGGCUCAUCACAGUACUGCACUGAGAGAAAAAGCUGUCAAAGAACUGUACGAUCACAUCCAAGCAGACGAUCGCUUUACAAAGUGCAUUAGCAUCGGGCCGAUCUCAAAAACCAUUAAUAUGUUGGUGCGCUGGCACAAGGAUGGACCCACAUCAGCUGUCUUUCUGGAGCAUGUGGCGAGGAUCCCAGACUACCUCUGGCUAGGUCUUGAUGGCUUGAAGAUGCAGGGAACCAAUGGAUCUCAGUUAUGGGACACUGCCUUUGCUGUACAAGCCUUUCUUGAGGCAGGUGCCCAGAGUGACCCCAGGUUUAAACAGUGUUUAACGAAGGCCCACCAAUUCUUUAAUCUAACUCAGAUUAAAGAAAAUCCACCUGAUUAUAAGAAGUAUUACAGACAAAUGAACAAGGGAGGCUUCCCCUUCAGCACACGUGACUGUGGUUGGAUUGUAGCUGACUGCACAGCAGAGGGUCUGAAGUCGGUGAUGUUACUGCAGGAGCAGUGCAGCUUCAUCACAGAUCACAUUCCCAAACAAAGACUCUUUGAUGCAGUCAACGUGCUUUUAAGCAUGAGAAACUCUGAUGGUGGCUUCGCCACAUACGAGACCAAACGUGGAGGAAAACUGCUGGAGCUGCUCAACCCGUCUGAGGUGUUUGGUGAUAUCAUGAUCGACUACACCUAUGUGGAGUGCACGUCGGCAGUGAUGCAAGCUCUGCAACACUUUCAUCAUAUUUAUCCUGAGCACAGAGCACAGGAGAUCAGGAGUACUCUUCUGCAGGGACUUGACUACUGCAGAAGGAUUCAAAGACCUGAUGGAUCAUGGGAAGGGUCAUGGGGUGUUUGCUUUACAUAUGGAGUAUGGUUUGGAUUGGAGGCUUUUGCAUGCAUGGGUCAUAUUUUCCAGGAUGGAUACGAUGGGCCGGUGUGUCCUGAGGUGAGGCGUGCCUGUGACUUCCUGCUUUCUAAGCAGAUGGAGGAUGGAGGCUGGGGAGAGGACUUUGAGUCGUGUGAGCAGCGGUGCUAUACACAGAGCAAAAAUUCCCAGAUCCAUAAUACCUGCUGGGCUCUGCUGGGUCUGAUGGCUGUCAGGUAUCCUGACUGCAAAGUCAUUGAGCAAGGAAUAAAGGUCUUGAUUGAUAAGCAGCUUCCUAAUGGAGACUGGCCCCAAGAGAACAUCUCUGGUGUUUUCAACAAGAGCUGUGCUAUCAGUUACACAUCCUAUAGAAAUGUGUUUCCAGUUUGGACUCUGGGCCGUUUCUUGCGCCUCUACCCCUCCAGCUUACUGGCUCAGAAGCUGGGAAGCACCGAGAGAUAAUUUGCAAAGUGUCCGAUUUCAUUCGGUGUCAGACGUCUUGGUGAAAUUUUCACUUUAAUACAAACCGAUUUGCUGCUUUUAGGACUGAUUAGUCAGUAAUUAAAUAUAAUUGAACUGUAUUUUUUAAAACUAAAUUGUUUUUUUCUUCUAUAUACAUAGUAUGCAGUGAAGUACUAGGAUGGCAAAAUCAACUGCACAGCUUUGCCAAAUAAAUGUACAAAACAAUUUUUGUCAUUGUAAUUAAACAGUAUCUGUAGCAGUGGAUAUUUGAAACACAUAGGCAUAAAUUAAUCCAAUUGUCUAUAUAUUGAAAACAAAGUAUAAAGUAAAUUCUGAAAUUAUUAAUAGCAUUUGCCUACAUUUUUCUGUAUCUUUCCCUUUUACAAACAUACAUAAAUAGAGACAUACAUACAUAAUUCAUAAAAAAAUCACUCCAAAAGUGUGUUAAAAUAUAUAUUGUUUCCAAAACCAUGUUACAUUACAUAGUAGUUGUCCAUUACGCUGUAAUAGCAAAAGCAUUUUAUGAGUUAUUUCUUCAAAAUUGCUUGUUAUUCAAAAGUGUACAUGAAGAUGAAAUUAUAACCACUAUAGCCUUAUUCAUAUAUUUUUUCAAUUUAAGGUUUGAAUUAAGCAUAUUCGUUUUAAGUUCUCAAUCAGACUAAUAAGGCUAAUAAUUAGAUAAGAAUGGUAAUCAAUCAAUGGUUUGAAUGGUAACAGAUUAAAAUUAAAUAAAAAAAAUUUACCACCAUUUUUUUUCUUAAUCUUGGAUCACCUGGUAAUCCUUCGCAGACCACUGAUUAUCCCAAGACUUUAAGAUCUCACUGCUAUAAGUACGGUAUUAUCUCCCUGCCUUACAUAUUUGUUUAAAGCUUGUGGAGUGUGUACAGAGCUUUAGUAAUCAUACUUUACCUCAUUUAACUCCUUCUUUCCACAUAGGUUUUUUUUUUCUACUAUUCAUUGCUUUCAAACAUGCUGAGAAAUGUACCAGCUUGUCCAUUCUUAUUUGAAAUUAUUGAAUCUGUCGGGUUUGAGAACAGAAGCUGAAUAUGAGAUGUGUUAACUGAGAACUUGGCACUUUUUCACUCACUUACUGUAUUUUUCAAAUGAUCACAAAUAUUGGAAAAUCUGACUAACAGGUAUUUCUUUUUUUCCAAAAUAUCUUCAGUGUGCAGCACAAACAAUAAUCGACCCAUUCCAAUACAAUUGGAGGGUAAUUAAUGUAUAGAAUAUGUUCGGGUAAUAUGUUUUUGGGCAAUAUGUUUUCUUUUUGAUUUUAUGAAGAAGUAGUGUGAAUAAAAGCCUGCUAGGUGUGAGAUGAUA